AUGACAGCAACAGCAUGCACGUCACGAUCACGUGUUUGUUAUAGUCCUUUCAGCUACAGUCCCCGGCACCACAGCCACGCCCACUCCUCGAAUACUUCCGGUGUAUGUGUGACCCAUCUAGCGCUCCCCCGACCAGAUCCUCUGGCUGCCGGUAGGAAGAUGGCCCAACGCUUGUUCUUGAAGCGUGUUCUUGUUCCGUCUGUGAAAAGCCUAAUAGCUCCAACACCAUCUUUCUCCACUCUCCUCUCAAAUGGCAUAAGAUCACACGGGCUCAAGGCUCUGACCUCCUCUCGAUUACAUCCCCACAUUAACAUGAGGCCUAUCUCCACCUCAAAAACACGCAAAGUUACAUUUAAUGUCCAGGAUGCAGAUGACUUCCAAGAACGUGUUGUUGGCAGUGAGACACCUGUGGUGGUGGAUUUCCAUGCACAGUGGUGUGGCCCAUGCAAAAUUCUAGCUCCCCGAUUGGAGAAGGUGGUUGCCAAGCAACAAGGAAAAGUUCUGAUGGCAAAAGUGGAUAUAGAUGACCAUACGGAUCUUGCCCUUGAAUUUGAGGUCUCUGCUGUGCCCACAGUCCUGGCCAUAAAGAACGGUGAUGUUGUGGAUAAGUUUGUGGGGCUGAAAGAUGAAGAUCAGCUUGAAGCUUUUCUGAAGAAACUCAUUGGGCCAUAGUCAGAGCCUCUCCAUCCUCACCCAAAACUAUAAUCCCAAGGCUGGGGGUUUAACUGCUGGCUGCCUACCUGAAUUCAGCCUCCUCAUUGUUACCUCUUGCCUGAAAUGAAUGCUUACAAUAUUUUGUGUAAUGAAGGGAGAAGGAUACGUUUGUCAUUUUCUUCAGUGGACAUGGCUUUUUGUGCUUACAUUGACAGCACUUCUGCCCUAUCCCUCCCCCUCUUUAUACUUUCCUUUCUCCCAGUUACUGUGAAUACAUAUGUAUUUAAUAUAGGGGAAAUAAUGCCAUUAUGCCUUCCUAACAUUAGUUUUCAUGUGUUUGUUUGAUUGAAUUCUUGUAUUUGUAGGUACAAGUAACUUCUUUAAACCCAUUGGAAAUCAGUUUACUGUAUCUUAGUGAAGAAUGGGUCAGAAAAUAUAUAUCCCACACCUGACUUUAUUCACAACCCAAACCAGCUAAAAGUGUCAGGUCAUUUUAUGAAUCAGGUCAUUUUAUGAAUCAGUCACAUAUUUUGUGGCUAUCACUGAGGGGAAGGUUAUAAGUGGUUUAAGGCUUUGGUGAGUGCAGACAUAUUUUAACUUGCUGGAGGCUACAUCAUCCUAUUGCUACCACUCAAUAUGACCAUCUUGAAAUCACUACACUGUCCCUAAAGGUGGCUAUACACGGGCCAAUAAAAGCUGCCGACAGACAGAGUCUGCAGCUUAUUGGCCUGUGUAUGAGGCCCUCCGACGGGCUCCCCAAUCGAUAUCUGGCCGAAAAUCGUCCAGAUGUCGAUCGGCAGGGCUAAAAAUCCCGCCGGAUUGCGACCUGCAUCUGUUGGUUGAUGCAGUCCCGCUAUCCGACCACCCGUACUGCUGCAUUAUGAUCCGAUCGUAGGGCCCACUAUCGGAUCAGUCCAAUAUUGCCCACCUCAAGGUGGGCAUAUCUGGGACAGAGCUGCCCUUUCGCCAACAUAGCGGAUGGGAUCUCUCUGUAUAUGGUGGCCAUACCUCUUCAAAGGCACUUUCUACCCACUAUGCAGGAUUGUUAUGUUAUGUGACUGUGAAACAGUGAGUAGCCAAUAUAUGUACAUUAUAUGGUUUUUGUCUGAUAUUUCAAAAACAGAUAUAUUCUCAAGAAUGGGCAGUUGUCAUUUUAAUUACACAGUUUGUUUUAGUGUUUUUCUGUUUUUCAGUCACUGCUCUAAUAAAAGUAUAACAUCUAGA